AUGGCGCAUAUCCUUCAAAAAAUCGAACUCCCCCCUCCAGAUCAACCACAUGGCGACCACCCGCCCCCCAUUAUUGCUCGGAACACCUUAGAUCUACAGAUGAUUGACCUCAACACGCUACCAGGUGAAUAUGUUUCAGUACAAGUUGGUGCAAAUGAAGAGGUCUACCAUGAGGAUGAAGACGUCGUAUGCUCACAGCCUAUUGUGCCAAAAGUUGGGAUGGAAUUUGACACGAUACAGGAAGCAAGGCGGGUUUACAAUGAGUAUGCCAUGAAGUUGGGUUUCAGCAUAAGAGUGGCUUUUUCAAGAAACAGCAACGUCACAAAGGAGCUGAUCAGAAAGGAGUGGGAGUGUUCUCAUGCUAGGAAGCCAGCUAUUGAUGGAGAAGAUGAUGGAGAGGGAAACACAUCAGCGAGCACAUCAACAAAUGACACUGCAACACUAGUGGGAUCGAAAAAAAGAGCAGCAACAGCUGUGCUUACCACUGCAACAAGGAAGCGCAACACUAUCAAAAAGUUGGACUGCAAAGCUCAUAUGGCAGUUGGCUUUAGAAAUUCGAGGUGGAGAGUGAUUGUAAUGCAACCUGACCAUACGCAUCCCAUGGUGAAGGCGAUUGGGGUUAGGAAACACUUGAGGUCCCACCGAAGCAUCUCGUGGGCUGAUUAUGAGCUGCUGAAAACACUACACCAUAGAAAUAUUAGCACAACACAUAUCAUGGGGGUGCUUGCUGAUUUCCAUGGGGGGCUUGGCAACCUUACUUUCAGCAGCAAGGAUGUUUCAAACAUGAGGACACACUUGAGAGGACGUCUCACCUACAGGGAUAUGGAUGCAACAUUAGAUUAUUUUCAAAAGCAACAAGCUGAAAGUCCUUCCUUCUAUUAUGCAACAAUGAUAGAUGAUAAUAAUGUUGUUAGACGAUUGUUUUGGGUAGAUGGGAGGACUAGAGAGCCGUACAAGAGUUUUGGAGAUUGCAUUUUCUUUGACACAACAUAA